UAAUUUUGCAUUUAUUAUUCUUCGAGUUCCAUCGCAGCCGCACCACAAAAUAUGGCCGCACGUUAAUUACAAUUUAAGUAAAUUGCGAUAAUUUAAGCAAACCAAUAAUAAAAGCAAAUAAAACAGCAAAUAUUAGGUUGUGUGUUCAAAAUAUAUAAGAUCGAGUUUAACAAUUAAAUUUAAGUGUAACUAUAGUUUAUAAUUAAAUCCAAGCAAAGAGCCUAGACGGCAAAGUAAAAGAGAAUGGUGAAAAGUUCAUCGUAGAUGCACAAAAGAACUGUAAAUCCAAGGUAAAAAGGGCAAAAUUCGUCUUGCGAAAAGAAAGUGCAAAUUCAAAAUCAAUAAAAGUGCAAAAUCAAUGGAAAAAGUGCGUGAAGUUUGUGAAAAAUAUAGAAUAGUGCAUACAGAAAAAAGACAAGUAGGAGAAUCUUCGUUCCUACUUCAGCGCUAACAAGAAAAAGUCUGCCGACUACAGAAGCUACAACUACACAGCACCAACAGGAUUGCGAAACACAAACUUACACACGUAUACUGUGUCCAAUAAACUCAGGAGUAACGACGGCAAUUAUACAGCCCUUCAUAGAGCUGUACCAGCUGUUAGUCCUUUGCAUAGACAAACAGACAGACAGACGCGCGGUGAAAUUAAAAUUUCCAUUUUAUUCAAUUUCACCUCAGUUACGUGAACCAAAAUGCAGCAUCAUGCACAUGUUGCACGCACAGCUCCGCCGCAUAUGCGCGGCCAUCACAUGGCAGUGCCGCCGCCGCACUCGCAGACUCAGUCGCACAUGCCGCCUUUGAAUAUGACACAUGUACCACCGCCGCCAACUGGACAACAGCAACAGCAACAGCCACUGCAAAGCAGCCAGCAGCAAAAUCAGCCCCAGCAUCUUACCAAUGGUCCAGCGCCGAGCAGCGGUGGCGGCAGCGCUGCAGUCAUCACCGGAUCGAAAAUUGGCGCGCCAUCGCAUAUUCGCGAUCAUCAUACGCGGUUUUCAAUUAACAUUCCCUUGCCGGUACUUUCUAACAUACCCCGCGCCGCGCCGCGCUAUCGUAAUUAUGUAAAUGUCUCUGUCUGCAAGCGCAAAGCAAGCAAUCGGGCGCACUGUCGCUUUAUGUGA